GGGAACAAAUCAGCCGCGUUCCAGCGUUAGAGGUGCCCACGUUCAAGAUUCUCAUCAUCUCGAAGGCAUUCCCUUGGUCAAUUGUGAUCCGUGCACCUGCUGGGUCUGUGAUCACAUGCGGCACGAUCUUUGAGGAAUUGCAUAAACAGCUACAAAGGCACAUCGAAGACGCGGAGUGGGCAAUCGUGGCUGUUGAUAAGACACGGAAGGAAGCAAUCGAGAAAGCUGCAAAGUCGAGGCAAGAGAAGGACAAGAUCAAUCGACUGAAGAGAAUUGAUUGGCUGGGGGAUACUUCAAUGUUUGAGGGGCUGGAGAAGGACAAGGAAUUUGAGAAAAAGAGACAUUUACCCGGAAGUGAGAGCGUCGCGGAGACAUGGGUAGUAAGAUUUGGGAAACGGUGA